AUGGCUUCUACCUCAUUAGAGUUUGAUGAAGAAUAUUCUUUCCUUGACCCGUCAUUCGAGAUUUCUUCUCUUACCAUCAAAAAAAUCCAAUCAAUUCUCACGCGCCUCGAAAGUGGCCGAGUAAAGCAACUGAAGCGGAAAAUACAAUUGUGCGAUGAGUUUGACAGAUUGAAAGGAUCGCCUAAAUGGAAGAGCUUGGUUGAGGAGAGAGAUAGAAAGAUACAAGAAGCACAAAGUGAACUUAAACGAACAAGUAGAGACAGUAGUGUUAAAAAGAAGAAGAAAAAGAGGGGAAGGAGUAACAGGGAUUCAAUGGGAGACGGAACCGGGGAUGAAAUAGAAAACCAGGAGACGUACUCACCAACACCUAAAGGAAGGCUUGUGCCAAUUCCUCCGCCCAAGGAUUUACUUUUUGAGGCAAUGCACAAGCUGAAUGAUGAAGAUGUAAAUACAAAGACGAAUAUGGCAAGAUAUUUCCCAACGGGUAGCGUUAAAAAUAAUGAUACGACAAAUGAGGAUGGGGCUUCAAUUAAGACUAGCCCAGCGGUCGGAGUGUCGAGCUCGUCUUCGCCACCCACUUUCUCUCACGUGAACCAAAGAUAUCCGGUAGUUCGGAACGUAGGGGAUCCAGAUCUAACAUCGGAAUUGGAAUUCCGUGAUGUCGAUUACACGUUCGGCAAUCAAGAUGCGAUCAUAAAGGAGGAGGCUAAUACUAAACAAAUCGGAAAGAAAGGGGUGGGCAAGAAGCUGAUAUUGUUUAUAUUGGUCAUAGCAACUCUGGGAACAUUGGCAUGGGGAUUCGCGUUGAACGAGUGGAUCGUAGAUGCACUUGACGAAUUGGCUUUUUCGUAUGAAGACAUGACUUCUUGGAUGACCCGACUUUUGAAGCGAGAAUGA